CACGAGCGGCUCCCGGGGCGGGUGUCGGGCUCCCAGCGGGCUCGGGCGGGCUCGGCUCCCGCGGCCGCUCCGCGCUCGCUGUCCGGCCCCGGGCCCUCAUGCGGGGCCCGCCCCAGCCCGGUACCCUCUGCCGCGGCCGCGGAGCCGCCGGGGCUCGGCCAAGCGCUGCACAUCGCCCGCCUUCCUUUCUCUUCCCUUCCCGUCCCUUCCGGCGGGGCGGGCGCUCGGUGCCAUGGGGCGGCGGUGGCAGCUGGCGGCGGCGGAGCAGCUGGCGGGGACCUGCCCGGGACAGGCGCGAUUCCUGCUGUGGAUGCUCCGCAACUCCCGAGGCGAGUGAGGCGCCCCGGGCGCAGGCGGUGGAGCGGGGCCGGAGGAGGGGGCUCCGGAGCCGGGCAGCGGAGGCUCGUGCCGUGGGAGAGCAGCGGAAGGACAGGUGACGAACGUGGAUUAGAAAGGAUAUGUCCUUACUGCUUCCAGUUCCUGGUUCCUGACAGCUACCGAGUGCGCCUCAAACCAAAGAUGAAAGUGACUCCACAGAUAGAGAAGGUUCUUAAACGAGAGGCAAAGAAUCAUAAGCUUAACAUGAAACAGACAAAGCUUUUGAGAAAGUACAGGGAGUCAAGAAGCAUUCUGCUGGUUACUUGCAAAUCUUGCAACAAAACAACAAGAUACUAUGGUAAAAGCAGGGAUUUUCUGGCAGCCAAAACACAAAAUUGUGGCACUCCAGAUAUCAAAUCUAGCCUGAAGACACCAGAUGUAAAAAUUCAGUCUGCAAAGAAAAUGACACCUGCAAGCUGUAGUAGGUUGGGAUCGAAAGGGAACACUCCCUCAUCCCUUUCCAGGACACGUGAAUCUGGACAGACAACAACCAACUCUACUUCCAAGACUCCCCGAAAUUCCAAAUUUCACUUUUCUAAGCUAAAACGGAUGCUUGACCUAGAAGAAAAAGAGAAAAACCAGAAGGCAGAUUUCAAAACCUUCUUGACUUUACUUUAGUUAUAUAUUAUUUCAAAGUAAUAAAGAUUAUAGCAAUAAAUUUGCUCCAGUUUUA